UCUGUGUUCUCCAAAACCCUCUGAAUGAAGACGGUUGCGAUAAUGGACUUGAAAGUUGAGCCAGGAGAGAUGGACUGCGAUCAGCCGCCUCCAAUUGAGGUUUUCGCGAACACUUCAACGCUGCACGGCAUCUCGCACAUCUUCUCUUACGACCGGAUCAGCAUCCGACGCUGCCUGUGGCUGGUGUUUUUUCUGAGCUCGCUGACGCUCCUACUGUAUGUGUGCACAGACAGGAUUCAGUUCUACUUGGAGUAUCCGCACGUUACCAAAUUGGACGAAAUCACGACACCUGUGAUGGUGUUCCCCGCUGUCACGUUCUGCAACCUGAACUCUUUUCGCUUUAGUAAAGUCACUCGCAACGACCUGUACCACGCGGGGGAAUUGCUGGCGCUGCUUGGUCCCAGGUAUGAAAUCCGGGACCAACACUUGGUGGAUGAAAGUGUCCUUGAGGCUCUUAAGGUCAAAGCUGACUUCCACAACUUCAAGCCCCGGCCAUUUAACAUGCGAGAGUUUUACGACAGGACAGGUCACGACAUUAACGACAUGUUGCUGUCUUGCCGUUUUCGUGGAGCUCCCUGCAGACCAGAGGACUUCAAAGUGGUGUUUACGCGCUAUGGGAAAUGCUACACGUUUAAUGGGGGAGGUGACCAGAGCCCACGGGUCAGUGUGAGAGGUGGAAUGGGCAGUGGCCUGGAGAUGAUGCUGGACAUCCAACAAGACGAGUAUCUGCCUGUGUGGGGAGAGUCAGAUGAGACGUCUUUUGAGGCCGGAAUCAAGGUUCAGAUCCACGGUCAGGAUGAGCCGCCCUUCAUCGACCAGCUGGGCUUUGGGGUAGCGCCAGGCUUCCAGACCUUCGUCUCAUGCCAGGAGCAGCGGCUGAUGUAUUUGCCUCCACCCUGGGGAGAGUGCAAGAUGACUGCCAUCAGCUCUGACUUCUUUGAGGUGUACAGCAUCACCGCCUGCCGUAUCGACUGUGAGACGCGCUACCUGGUGGAGAACUGCAACUGCCGCAUGGUGCACAUGCCUGGUGAUGCCCCGUACUGCACGCCAGAGCUCUAUAAGGAAUGUGCUGAUCCUGCUCUAGAUUUCUUAGUGGAGCGAGACAAUGACUUCUGCGUGUGUGACUCUCCAUGCAACAUGACACGCUACAGUAAGGAACUGUCCUUCGUCAAGAUUCCCAGCAAGGCCUCUGCAAAAUACCUGGCCAAGAAGUACAACAGAACAGAAGAGUACAUUGAGGAUAAUAUAUUGGUGCUAGACAUCUUCUUUGAGGCACUGAACUACGAGACCAUUGAGCAGAAGAAAGCCUACGAGGUUGCUGGACUAUUAGGUGAUAUUGGAGGGCAGAUGGGACUCUUCAUUGGAGCCAGUAUCCUCACCAUCCUGGAGCUGUUUGACUACUUGUACGAGGUGAUCAAGUACAAGUUGUGCCGCUGCUCCGACAGGAAAGACUCGCAUGGUGCCGGGGGCAGCCAGGGGGCUGUUCUCAGGCUGGAUGAUGUCAAAUGUCACAUGACUCAUUAUCCAUAGCUUGGGAUUCUUACCAGUAGCUACAACUUAGCCAUCGUCUCACUCCAGAACCAGCCAGCACUUCAGAGUCCCAUCUUCUGGGGUCUUU